AAUCUAAGGUUUCUGUCACCAAUGCUCUCCCUCGGAUUCGCUGGCUCCUCCGCGCUUGUUGUCGGCUCGCGUGCCGGCCACGGCUCGCGGAUGUCUGCACCCAUGAUGGCCAACGUCGCCGACACGCUGGCCACGAUGCAGGGGCCGGACUUGUAUUGGGAGGAGAAGGGGCCGCUGCAGGACCCGCCCAAGGAGGAGUCCGACUUCAAGGAGUACGACACCUUCUCCACCUUCCUGGCGGCGUGCCAGCAGCACGGCGUCGACCUGACCCAGCCCGACAUCACCUACCGGCGCAUGUUCCGCAAGGACUUCCUGGACAACGCCUUCUGCGGCCAGCCGUCCUCGCCGCCCCGCACCAGCUACUGCGCCAACGUCAAGGCCGACAACGGCCUCAUCCACGGCCUCAACGAGGUCAUCUACCCGGGCUGGUCCGAGUCGUCGGGCGGGUACGGCUCGGAGGGCGACGCCGCCACCCGCGCGUAAGCCGGCCGGGCGCGAUGCCGGCCGUGACGCUCCGGGCUGGCGGAUGCGCGGCGGCGGGCCGUCGGCCGUGCCACACAUGUCUCAUUGUCUGGACGCUUGUGCGGCGUGUACCACCGUGUAGGAGCUUUAGAGGAUGUGAGCUGUCGCGAGUUGGCGUGUCAUCGUCUUGGUUGCAUGAUAUCUGCAGGGCUGAAAGAUUUUUGGAAUUUGCCGC